CAGCAGGUGCGAGGCCUGGGUGAUCCGGGGUUUGAGUCCAGUGUUGUGGUCGUGUGGUGAGGGUGAGACGUGUGUUGUUAUACUUCUGUGCCAAGUGACUUCUGCUGGCUACCUCGGCAACUUCCAGUCGAGUCUUGUUAUUCCCUGUCAUAGGGGCAUGAUCCACAAACAUAUCAAUAAACACAGAAUCUAGGAGGAACUCUGUUGAACUGACCCAAAAUGGCGCCCACAUCAGCAGAUUGUGUCGACACACAAACGACAGAAAGCAAGCGAGAAAGAAGGAAAAUGUUCAUCAAGGACUUGGUGUUUAUCCUCUUUCUCGUCCUCGGUGUAAUCGUUGGUAUUGGACUUGGUGUGGGACUCAAAUACCUCCCAGAACCUUGGACUCCCAACGACAAGCGCAAGAUCUUCUACCUCAGGUUUCCUGGGGAUUUGUUGCUCAACAUGCUAAAGCUACUCAUCCUACCCUUGAUCCUGUCCAGCCUGGUGACGGCGAUGGCGACGCUGGAUAAGAAAGCUUCUGGUAAACUGGGGCUGGGUGCCAUGAUCUACUACAUGACCACCACACUGUCAGCCGUUAUUCUUGGCAUCAUCCUUGUCCUGGCCAUCCAUCCGGGAGACCCACGUGACCUUAGCACCAUUCCACGGAGUGGCGCCUCCAAGAACACCAAACCACUGGAUGCUCUGCUGGACUUGAUCAGAAACUGCUUUCCGGACAAUGUAAUUACGAUGUGUUUUCAACGGGAGACAACAGACAUUGAUUUGGUGAAAGACGUCCCCAGAAACGUGUCCAAUGGAACUCAUAUAGUGGAAGUCACAGACAUUAUAGAGACCCCGAAGCUUGUCGUAAGCUCUGGCAUGAAUGUUCUGGGUCUGGUGGUCUUCUCUAUCGCCCUGGGCUGCGUCCUCAAUCACCUGGGAGACAAGGGCAAGCCCCUCUACGACCUCUUCAACUCGCUGAACGACGCCACCAUGGUGCUCAUCAAGCUGGUCAUCUGGUACUCGCCAAUCGGAAUCAUCUUCCUGGUGGCCUCCAAGUUCGUGGACACGGACGACAUCGCCGACGUCGCCGCGCGGCUGGGAAUGUACAUGGUGACGGUGCUGGCUGGGCUGGCCAUCCACUCCAUCGUCGUGUUGCCCCUUCUUUACUUCAUCGUCACACGCAAGAACCCGGGCAGGUUCUUCACCAACAUGCUCAAAGCAUUGUGUACUGCUUGGGGCACCGCCUCCAGCUCGGCCACGCUUCCGGUGACGAUGGAGUGCUUGACCAACAAGAACAACAUUGACGAACGCAUCGUGAGGUUCGUGAUCCCAGUGGGCGCCACCAUCAACAUGGACGGCACGGCGCUGUACGAAGCCGUGGCCAGCAUCUUCAUCGCGCAGGUCAACAACAUCUCGCUCAGCAUCGCUGACGUCAUCAUCAUCAGUCUGACGUCUACCGCAGCAGCUGUUGGCGCGGCAGGUGUACCCCAGGCCGGUCUUGUAACCAUGGUGAUUGUUCUAACGGCUGUCAACCUGCCCACUGAGGACGUGACCCUUAUCCUGGCCAUCGACUGGCUUUUAGAUCGCUUUCGCACGGCUGUCAACGUGUGGGGGGACGCCAUCGGCGCCGGGGUGCUGGACCACAUUUUCCGCAAGACCUUCGCCGCCCCACCCGAUGCGCACGACACCUCCUCCGACUCGACCAGCACAUGCCCAUCCAAUGAAGUACCCAUGAAGGAAGAGGGGCCCCCGGGGUAUGCUAAUGGAGUCAUCUACGACAACCAAGCCUUUGAGUCCGCACAGGAAUUAACUCGAACGCGCCUGUAGAACGGUCACGGAUGAGUAAUCACAGAUAUGUCGGCGAGGAACUGAGUGUAAAAUGAUUUUUCAGUUCCACUAGUGCGUGGUGCUACAAAGUUCUGACUGUACUAGUGAUUAUAGCUCUGGUCUACCCAAGUGCCUUUACCUGUCCUAAAGGAGAAAGUGUGGUAUGACAACUUCUCUACUAGUACACGUAACAGUUCAAAAAGCACUAAGUUUUGUGACUUUUAAAAAACUAACUUCAUAAUCAUGGGUUUUCUAGCUGCAUUGUAGGUAAGACUAAGGCGUCAGAGGUCACCGUUGGCCACAAUUCAUGAAUGGCUCUUCUGCGUGCAUUUUUCGUACGGAUACGUCACACACGUCACAAAAACAGUGUAUACGUUGAUAACACCACAGUGAAUGUUUCAAAGUGUUUUAAAAAUCCCGAAUAUUGUAUUGUGACAUUUAAUUCUGUACACUUACUGCAACGUAGAGUUUUUACUGUAUCCGGUUAUUUUACCUUUCACUGUUUUCGUUACAUCUGCUGAAAUAAUUCGUCACUUUAUUCAUUCCAAAGAAAAUUAGCACGCUUACCAAUAGACAAGAAGGAAAUAAGGGCAUAUACAAACAAAGAUCGAGUGACCAGAAGAAAGAGCGCUAUUGCCAGACAAGUGGUGAUGUCAUGAAAGACAAUAGAGGCUGAAUAUGCUGAAAUAUAUGUCGCUUGAAAGUGAGAACCGAGUUUGAUGUGAUGUACAAGUAUAGAAAGAAAAUAAGUGUAAGGCAAGAUUGCUGCGGGAUUUCUUCUCUGUACUUAUAACUCACCAUGAAAUAACCUUCAGCUGUCAGCUAUGGGCAAAUAAAUAAUGUGGUGAUUCUUAUUAAUGUCGUUAAUUGAAUAACAUAACAAAAUUUUCACACUCGCGCAAGUAAUGUAUUAAAAUGCAUUAUAAAAAAGUGUAUCUAGACAAGUAAGCAACACGAAUUCACCUCCAUAACCAUCAUAAGACUCCACCUUUCCACUCGAGCAAAAUCUGAAAAGAUAUUUGUGGUUUUCCUGUCACUUAAUAAUAACGACGGCUGCCUAGAAGUCGUUGAAAAGAAAUAAAAAAAAAAACUUCUCUCUGUGACAGAGAAGGCAUGCUUUCAUUAGAACAAACCGAAAAUCAUCUUGAUGUCAUGAGAUGUCCCCUGAGUGUCACAUGGAUGUUCAGGGUAUUUUUGACUACAUGUGUUUGAAAAGAGAUGACAAUUUCAAUCAAAAGAUUCAGGUAAGAUCAACGAAAUAGUACGAGAUUAUUAUUGUAUAUAGUUUGACAUUUGUUAUUUGUGAUUGAUAAUUAUAGGAUAUGCGGCAGCAUAUGUUAUUAUUUUUUCUGUCGGUUCUUGUUGUAUAAAGCAAACAUGCGAGUUUCUUAUUGUCAAUAAAAUCAUGUUUGAAACGAG